AUGUUUACACUGAAAGUUAGUGAAGGUGUGAAGUAUGAUGAAAAAUUUCGUCUGCCAGUAGCGCGGGAUGGUGAUUUAGGUCAGAAUGCGGAAGUAUCCUACUCAAUCGCGGCAAUACAGGGAAGGGCGCCAAACUCAAAGAUAUGGCAAUCUGCCUCCGAAGGGAAGGAAAUAUUUUUAGUUGAAUCAGAGCUUCAACCCCUAUCGCUUGGAAUAAAUGGUUGCUUAGACAGGGAAGAAAUUGAAGUAUACAAAAUUUUAAUUGAAGCUGAAGACAAGGCAACAAUCGCUGAUUUACGCAAGACAGGAACAUUGACUCUAACUCUAGUAGUUACGGACGUGAAUGAUGUUAGUCCCACCUUCAAGCACCCAAAUUUAACUGUCGAUGUAGUGGAGAAUUCAGUCAAUGGUACUGUAAUUUGCACAAUCUCGGCUCAGGAUUAUGAUAGUGGAGUUAAUGGUAGGAUUCGCUACUCAAUUUCCCAACAUCAAAGCGACUAUCCAUUUCAUGUUGAUGCAGAAACUGGGCUUUUGACUGUAGCUGGAACGAUUGAUCGUGAACGGGAGGAUCUAUACAGAGUUACUAUUGAGGCAACGGAUUGUGGAUCGCCACCUCGAACCUCAGCUUUGCCUGUGUAUGUGCGUGUACUUGAUACAAAUGACAAUGUUCCAAACAUCACCAUAUCAUCGAUAAUGAUUAGAAGCACUACCUUCUCGUUUCCUGCGACUGAAGAAGCAGUGGUGCUUCAUGUCUCCGAAUCGCUUCCUGUGGGUAGCAGUGUAGCGAAUAUUAGCGUGACUGAUCCAGACUCGAUAGAAAAUACAACAAUUCUAUGUUACGCGUCACAAAACACUUUUGCAUUGUAUCCUACUUCGUACUGGUCAUACUCGCUUCGUCUGGCAAAGUCGCUCGAUUAUGAGACAGUACGAUAUUUACAGAUGAAAAUAUCUUGCGAAGAUUCGGGUAGUCCUUAUUCACUUACAUCGGAUAUUGCGGUCAACGUGAUUGUUGUAAACGAGAACGACAAUGCUCCAGUUUUCCAGGAUCCACUUGUAAUUCCACCCGCUUGGCUUGUAAAUAAUACGGAUAUAGCCCAGUUUUCUGCUCUUUUGGAUAAUAAAACAGAAGAAAACUUGAGUAAAUUGGUGGAGGAUUCCAUUGUAUUUCUACCCAAGUCUUUCCCUUUGGGUGAAGUUUUUUUGCGUUUUCAAGCAACUGAUGAAGAUUUUAAUGAUGAGUAUGAGGGCGAAGACAAUAUGGUGCAAUAUGCGCUAAACAUUUACAAGGAGCAGGCCUUUCAAUCUGAGCCGCAUUCGCUUUCCCCUUUCCCACCAAACAAGGCAAGUCUUUUCAGUUUUUCAGAGUCAACUGGCGAACUUUUCCUCACCUCUGCCCCAAACCUCGAUGGAACCAUUUUUGUUUAUGAAGUUGAGAUUGUGGCACAAGACACAACAGCAACUCCACUGUCCACGAAGAAGAACUUUGCAAUCAUUGUCGCUGAGAAUAAUUUCAACGCUCCCAUUAUACGGAUAUUUAAUUUUGCACUGGCAAAUUCGUUAUCGCCCUAUCAGAUCUUUGAUCAAGAACAAAAUUCAUCCAUUGAGGAGGUCCCAUUCUACAUUCCUCGUCAAAGCCAAUCAAAUUCGGUGAUUGGCCAAGUGGUUGGUUCUGAUUCGGAUUCAGGACAAGCAGGUCGUGUCUCCUAUAAAUUGACAUUCCACCAGUUUAGCUGCAUUAAUGUAUCCAUCAAUAAUUCCACGGGGCUUGUGACUUUGGUGUCGCUAAACGCUAGCCUGAGUAGCGAGUGCCAACUUCGAGCUGUACUGAAUGUUACUGAUAAUGGUUUUCCCAGACGUCACAGUCAUCUACGCAUUUCCUUCCAACUGUUUGAUGCUAACGGACUGUCACCCAGAAUUUACGUCAAUGGUUCAAUUGUACCCGCAAAUCGGACUGAAAAUAAUGUAUCAGUCUGGUAUUUCGAGUCCACCCUUCCACAAAUCGGUGAACCUUUAUUUCGGAUUGAUACUACUACUUUGCCUGGAUUGAUUGAACCAACAUACAAAAUGAAACUGUGUGCAUCGAGUUCUGAAAAUUUUUAUCCUCUACCAGUAGGUUUUUCAAUCGAAGAAAAAACAGGGACAUUUUAUAUUACAGAUUCUAUUAGCAAAUCCACAAGUAACCUUGUCUACAUUGCACUUUCCAAUCGCUUUUGGCCCUCAUUACCGCCAUCUGUUUAUAAAACUGAAGUUGAGAUCAGUGAAAGUGAAAACACGAUGGUUCGGAUUGUGCCAGUGAAGAGCAUUGAUUGCCAAUUUCACGACAUAGUUGAGAUUGAUCAGCGUGGCGUUCGAAGGAAUUUCACCAUAUUUUGUAUUAGCACGCUCUCUGGCGCUAGUUUCCUCUGCGUACUAAUCGUAGUUUUGGUGGUCCUAUUAAAAAAAACCGGGGGGAAGCCCCCUCAGAUAACAUCUAUGGGAAAAGCGUUCAAAAAGAAGUCCAGACACACCUUGUUUAACCAAAAUCCCUUCCAAAAACGUCUGGGCGAGGUGAAGGAAACAAUAAAAGUUGAAGAACAAUGCGAUACCUGCCUGUAUAACAGUAAGUCUGUUAUUCUACAAUGUUUCAACCAUUUGGCAAUGCAUUUGUGA